UUCAUAUAUUCCCUCUAUUAUAGACUUUACCUGAAAGACUGUUAGAAUUAUAGACGAAGCACUUUACUACGUAUUCAUGCAAUAAAUCUUUCGAUAUUAGGUAUUCUAUAAAAAUUUAAACAUCAUUCUACGAACUUUUGGUUAGACCUAGUAAAACCAAAAAUAACAUCAAAUGGACGACGAACACCAACAAUAGUUGUUGGUGUUAAUGGAAUUAAAAAUAAUGUUGAUACAUCAAGAAAAUUAGUAUCAUCAUUAUCAACAACAAAACGUCCAACAUCAAUGAAUGAAUUAAUAGGAAUAAUUGAAUCAAUACCAAUAUCAACUAUAAUUGAACAAGCAAUUGUUGUUUCAGAAAGAGUUGAUUCAGGAAAUGGAGGAAGUAAUGAAGAUAUUCAUCGAUUUAAUCGAAGAAAUGAUGAACAUUUAUCAUCAUUUUUAUCAACUCUUGUCAAUUCUGCCUAUCCAAAAUCAUUGAUUAACAAUGAUGAAUUUGAUCCUAGAACUGUUCUCGAUUAUAAAUCAUUAUUAACUAUAGCUACACAUACAUCAACAUCAGCCACUACACUUCUCAAACGACAUCAAGAAACAUUAUCACUUCUUGAUCAACCAACAACUAAACGACAAUCAUUAACAAUAACAAAUCAUGAUUCAAUUCUUCCCACAUCUCAUGUUUCAAUUCUAUCAGCAAAAACAAUCACAUUUAUAUUAACGGUAAACUCGAUUCCAAUAUUUGAAAAGGCAUUUGUAGAUAUUCAUGGUUCAAUGAAUCCAGAUUUACGAUAA